AAUAUAUUUUUUUAUAUAAAAGGACACAUAGUAUGAAGCUCAACCAUUCGAAAAUAUUAACAGAAUAAAAAAUAAAUAAAUACAAAUAAUAAACGGUCAAUUUUAAAAGCAUUGUUGAUAAAUCAUUGUCACUUUAAUACUGACUAAGUAUUGUAACAACAAUUUAAGUGUUACUAGAAAAAUACAACGAUAGUUUUAUUUUUACAAAUAAUAAAUUAAUUAAUUAAUUAAUAUUUACUGUGAACUGUAAACAACAUUCAAAUGACAAAUUAAUUAAUAAAAAAAAAUAAUUGAAAAAAAAGAAAGAGGUCUCUUUGAAUUUAAGUUUAACAAAAAAAUAUUAAUUAUUAAUUUAAAUUAUAAAAAUUUAAGAUACAUAAAAACGUUUAUAAUAAAAUUAUUGUGAAUGUGUAAAACUUGGUAUUCAUUUUGUAAACAGUGGUUUGAUAAUAUAAACAAAAAAAAAAAAAAACGAUGAUUUGAGGAUUAAAAUAAAAUUAUAAUAAGAUUUUUCUUUGCAUUUAAAUUUAAUAAUAAAAUAUUAAUUAUUAAUUUGAAUUUAAAAAAUUUUUUAUAAAUAAAAAUGUUUAAUAAAUUAUUGUGGAAAUAAGCAUUUAUAAAUGAAUAAAAUUUGGAAUUAUAAAUAGCGGUUAAAGAACAUAAACAAAACAAAAAAAAAAAAAAAAAAAAAUUCGAGGUUUGAGAAAAAAAAAAAAACAGUCGUUCCCUCAGUUCAAAAUAAUAACAUUGUAACAAACGAACACGCCUUUAUAUAUGCUGAAAUAAAAGACAAAUAAAUUUAUUUAAAAAAGCAAAAUAUAUUGUUAAAAAUUAAUCAAGACAAUAAUAUUUUAUUUAAAUAAAAAAUUAUGUUCUCGUAUAAAAGUUUUUUUGGUUCAAAUAAACAAUUACCAAUAACAAAACCAAAAGUUAUUGGAUAUUACAGUAUUGAUGGAAAUAAACGUUGGUCAUCAGAUGCAUCACAAUUAAAUUAUUAUUAUCCAUCAGCAAGAUCAAAAAAAAAUCCUAAUUAUGAUUUAAAUAAUGGCAUGGAAAAUGUUAUACGUGAUGAGACUCGUUGUGAUAAAAUAAUUGAUGAUAUACUUUUGUGGAUUAAGAAAAAUUAUGAUAAAGUUCCAGUUGAUCCAAAAACUGGUAAAUGGCUUGAAGCUGAUUUUGUCUGUCGUCGUGGUCAUCUAACAACAAUCAUGAAUUCAUUGUAUGAUAAAAAAGACAAAUGGACAAUAAGAGCAUGUAAAUAUCGAGGUACAAUAUAUAUUUGUCAAUACGACAGUGAACAAGAUAAAUUAGAAAAAAAAAAUAUAAGAUAUGAUGAAAGAAAAUACAUGUCAUGGGGAUUUAAAUUUGAAAAAUAUUUAUCAACUCAGAAUCCAGAAAUUCCACCAGAUACAGAAUCACCAGUCAAUGAAAUUGAAGCUUUUCAUUGUGUUUUUAAAACACGUUUAGAUGAUAAAAUACUUUUAUAUGGAGCUGAAGUUGAUGCAGUUGUUUCUGAUAAAAUAUUAAUGGAACCAUUACCACUUGAUAAAUUAAAAUUUGUUGAAUUAAAAACAUCGAAAAUCAUUCAACAUGAUGGUCAACAAAAAUCAUUUGAUAAAUGGAAAUUAUUUAAUUGGUGGGGUCAGAGCUUUAUGGUGGGCAUUGAUAAAAUUAUUUGUGGAUUUAGAAAUGAAGUUGGAGUUGUUAAGAAAAUUGAAGAAUUUAGUGUAUCAGAUAUGUCAACAAAAUAUUUGCAUUAUUGGAAUGCCCAGACAAGUAUUAAUCUUCUUGGACAAUUUUUGGAAUUCGUCGAGGACAAUGUCAAGGAUGAUUACAACGAGACAAUUUAUUUAUUUAAAAAAAUACCAUAUGGUAAUAUUAUCAUGAGUAAAGAACCAGGAAAUUCAAAAGAAUAUUCUUUUUUACCUCCAUGGUUUACUCAAUAAAUUUUACAAAAUAAUUUCUAUUUUUUUUACUUGUAAAUUUAUUAUUUUUCAUAUAAAAAAAAAUUCAAUAUUUAAUGUUGAAUUAAAACUAAAAAAAAAAAUAAAUAACAGUAUCAAACAUUUAAAAUUAGCUGCAUUGUUUAAUAAUUAAAAUAUUUUUUUUUGUCUACUUAAUAAAUCAAUAAAUAAAUAUUGUAUCGUAAAUUUUACUAUCAAAUGACAAAUUAAUAAAAAAUAAAUUAAUAUAAAAUAAAAA